AUGGAUUGGUCAAAAUUUAUAAAUAAUAAUAAUAGUAAUAAUAACGAUAAUAAUAAUAAUAAUAAUAAUAGUUUGAAUAGUAUAAAUAAUAAUAAUAGUAUUUUUGGUAAUACUGUAUCAAAUAAUAAUGUAUCAGUUUUUGGAAAUAAUAAUAUAUCUCAAAAUACAUCAUAUAUACCGACAGUAAUUCCACCAUCAAAAACAUUAAAUCCAAAUGCAUCACCUUUUGAACCAAAGAAUCUAAAACCAAAUCAAAUUCAUAAUAAUAAAACCAAUGUUUUAUUUGUUGGUAAUAUACCAGCAAACCAAUUUAAUAAUAAUGAAAAUAAUUUAAUUAAAGAAAUGACAAACCAUUUUAAAUCUUUUGGAAAUAUUGUAUCAAUAUCAAAUAUUAAAAAAAAAUUAAAUUUUUAUUCAUUGACAUUAACUUAUACAACAAAUGAAGAAGCAUCAGAGGCUUUAAAAAAAGGGAAAAAAUAUCAUAAUUCAUUUUUAUUAAUCAAACCACACAAAGGGUUUUUAAAUAAUAAUAAUAAUAAUUAUCCUAAUAAUAAUAAUAAUAAUAAUAAUAAUAAUAAUAAUAAUAAUAAUAAUAAUAAUAAUUAUAUAGUUCCAGCAAUAGUUUUAAAUAAAGAUGAUAAUUCUGCAUUAAAAUCACAAGAAAGAAAUUUAAGAUUUAUGUUAAAGAAAAAUCCGACUUUACUACCAUCGGUUAAUAAUAAUAUUGAAGAACAUCAUAUUGAACAACCUCAACAAGAUGGAGAAGAACUUGAAGGUGAAGAAGAGGAGGGUGAGGAAGAAGAAGAAGUAGAAGAAGAAGAAGAAGAAGGUGAAGAUAUUAAUGAAGAUGAAUUAAAUGAAGAAUUGGAUAAUUUCGAAGAAGAUUUAGAAGAAGAGGAAAAAAUUGAAAAUGAUAAUAAAAAUCAAACAACUACUACAACCACAGAAAUAUCAAUAAACCCAACAAAUCAACAACUAAAUCACAAAAUUGGAUUGUGUUUAGAUUUUAUACCAGCGAAAGAAAAGAGUCAUAGAGUGUCGUCUGGUGAUAUUUCAACAUUAGAAAAAACAAAAAAUGGUGAAUUGGUGUUAUUAAAGAAAUACAAAAGGAAUGUUGCAGAUGAUUAUACAGAAAUACCUCCUGAUGAAAUUAGACCACCUCAUAUUUUAUUAAAAGUUAUGAAUUAUAUUACAAGUGAAAUUAUUGAUCAAGAAGAACAAAGAGGAAUUCCAUUUGCAGAGAUUCAAAAUUUUAUUAGAGAUAGAACUAGAAGUAUAAGACAAGAUUUAACUUCACAACAUAGCAAGGAUGGUAUUUCUAUCGAUAUUCACGAAAGAUGCACACGUUUUCAUAUUUUAUCACAUCAUUAUCUAUGUGAAUUACCAGAUAAAGACUUUAAUCAGUUUCAAAAUCGUGAACAAUUAAAUAAUUGCUUAACUUCAAUCAAACAAUUUUAUAAUGACCAUUAUAGAUCAUCCAAUGGAUUAAUUUCAAAGAACGAACCAGAGUUUCGCGCAUAUUAUAUUUUAAACAAUUUACAAAACAAUUAUGAUCUUGUUUCAUACAUGAUUGAUAUUCCAAGACAAAUUUUCCAUCAUCCAUUCAUUCAAUAUGCUAUAGAGGUAUGGAAAGCAUAUCGUUCCGAUAAUUAUAGCCGUUUUUUCAAAUUGGCUCUAAAUGGAACUUUUUUACAAAUGUGUAUUCUCCAUAGAUAUUUUACUGUUGUUAGAAAAACCGCCAUUAAGCGUAUUAUGCGUUCAUAUCGUAUUCCAAGGGCUCAAAGUACACUUUAUCCAUUAUCUGACUUAUCAAAUUUAUUAAUGUAUUCAGAUCCAAGAGAAGCUUUACAUUUUAUUAAUUCAGUUGGUUCACUUUCAUUACAAUCUGAUCAAGUGGCCAUUAAUUCUUCAAUAGAUAUCGAUUCAAGUGAAGUUACACCAAAACGAUCAUCAAUUAUUAUGUCAAGAUCACCACCAACAUUUAAACAAAUUAUUGAUCAACCAGAAUCACCACCAAUUGAACAAUAUAAACAAUGCUUUUUAGAUUUUGAUCAAUCAUAUCAAAAUAUCUUAAUUUAUGAUAAUGUUGAUUUAAAAGAAGAUUCAAAACUCUCAAAACAUUAUUAUGAAAUUGCAUUAUCUGGUCCAACUAUAAAUUUCAAUAAAACUGAAAUUAUAAAAAAAAUUACCCAAACAUCAGUUCCACUUAAAACAAUUACUACACCAACCAAAUCAAAUAUUCCAUCAACUUUAAAACCUAUUGAAAAUAUUAACAAUAAAUCACCAAUUUUAAAUAAAUUAACAACAACAACAACUCCAAAAGUCAAUAAUAAUGCACCCCCUACAAUAAUAACUCCAGUUUCUAAUAAAAUUAAUGAUAGUAUAUUUAAUAAAGAUUUAAAAAAUUCAGUUUUUGGAACAACAGAUUCAAAAUUAUCUUCAAUACCCCCUACUAUAAAUAAAAUUAAACAAACAGCCUCAACUCCAACUUCGGUAACACCAAUACCAACACCAACAGCAACAACCCCAAUAACAAAACCAGUAACAACAAUACCAUCAACAACAGGAAUAGAAACACCUUCAAUAUUUCAAACAUCCUCAACAUCUAUAUUUUCAAAUUCACCAACUAUUAAACCAAAUACUUCAACUAUAUUUUCAAAUGCAUCAUCUUCACAAGAUCAAUCCAAUAGUUAUUCAAUUUUUGCACCAAAAAUACAAACCCCACCGAGUUCAUUUAACGAACAAGAUUCAAAAAUUAAAUCCACAUCAGAAAAAAAAGAUUCAAUUUUUUCAAUGCCAUCUAUUUCAAUUAAUUCACCAGAAGAACAAACAAAGUCAUUAUUGUUUUCAAAAGAAAAAAUAUCAAUAAUAGAUAAAGGUGAUAAACUUAUAGAACCAUUAUCAUCAUCAUCAUUAUUUAAUAAUACAACCCCAACAAAACCUCUCAUUAACCAAGAAGAACAAUUUAAAAUCCCAUUUGGUAUUGUAAAGAAUAAUGAAAAUAAAAUUCCUUCUACACCAAUGGUUGGCAGAGAAGAACCAACUAAAAUGAAACUUUCAACACCACAAGCAAUCAAUAAGAUACCACAAACUCCUAUGAGUGUUCAUUAUGAAAACAAAUCAAAAGAUUUUGAUGUAAAUUUUUAUUCACCUAUGCCAGUAUCGGAAGUUAAACCAAAAAUAAUUAAUGAAUCACCAAUUACUUCACCUCAAAAUUUAACAAAGAGUAUUCAAACUUUAGCUUCAAGUCCAACAAUACCAUUCCCAAAAAGUCAAAUUGAAGAGGAACAAACUAUUGUCCAAAAUAAAAAGAUCAAAAAAACCCCUCAAGAGAAAAAAGAAACCACAUUAUUAGCAUAUUUUUUUAGAUGUUGGAGAUUCCAAGCAAUACGUUAUAGAAACCAAAAAAAACAAAUACAAGAUAUAUAUACAAGUUUUGACUCAUUUGAUCCUAAUGAAGAAUUAUUACUACAACAUCAAAAACAAAUUGUUACUUUGGAAAAACAAAAGAUUCUAAAUAUUUACAAUAAUCAAAGAGAAUCAAAUAAUCAAAUUGAAAAUAUAAUUAAUCAUUUAGAUGAUAAUAAUAUAGUUAAAAAUCCAAUUAAUAUAAAUAAUAUUCAACCAAUUAAUAUUCCAUAUUACAUUUAUAAUAGUUUAAAUCAAAAUAAUUUAAAUAAUCAUAAAAACAAACCUUUAUUUUGGAAAUUACUUUAUUGUAAUUUUUCAAAUAAUUUAGAAGAAUCAAAAAUAAUUUCAAAAAAAUUAUCUUAUAAUAAUAAUAAUAAUAAUAAUAAUAAUAAUAAUAAUAAUAAUAAUAAUAAUAAUUUUAUAACAAAUUUAUGUACAACCCAACAAUAUCAUAUUGAAUAUUUAAAUCAAAAUAAUAAUAUUAUAGAAAUUUCAAAAAGAUCAAUUAGUAUAUGUAUUAAUAGAUUUACAAUCAAUGAUAACCCUAAUAAUAAUAGUAAUAAUUAUAAUAGUUAUUUAAGAGGAACUUCAUCAAUAUUAUUUCAUAUUUCAAAUAAUUUUAAUGAAAUUUAUUCAAAACAAUUAUUAUUUAUUUUAAAAAAUAUUCAAAUAGAAGAUAUAUCACAAAAAAUACCAAUAAUAUUUUUAGUAACCAAUGAUAAUAAUCAAACGAUUUUAAAUAGUUUAAAUCAAUUUAUAAAUAAUAAUUUAAAUUUAUUUAAAAAUGUUAUUAAAUUUUAUAAAAUUAUUCAAUUAAACGAAAUCGAUUCAAAUAAUGAUAAUCAGCUUAUAGAUAUCCUUCAACUUUUAGUUACAAAUUCUCCACCAAUCCCUUUUACAGAUAUCAAGCCAUUAUCGUCUGUAUUAGAUGCAAUGUUAUUAUCAAAAGUCUCACCACUUUUCAAAAAUUAUUUUAAACAAUUCCAAUCACCAAUAUUAUUAAAAAACUAUAAUGAUAAUAAUAGUAAUCAACAAUUAAUAACACCGCAGUCUUUUAUAAAUUAUUAUAAUUCAAUAAUAGAUCAAUUAAUAGGUUAUAUUACAAAUCCAGCAUUAAAAUCAAUUCAGUGGCCAAUUUCAGAGUUUUCAAGUUUGUCAUCUAUUGAAUGGAAUACUGAUAAUACUUUUAAUGAAAUUAAAUCUUUAAAGAACUUUCUUUUAUUAAAAGAUUUACCAAACGAAUUAAAAGCUUUAAUAGGGAUAAGUUUAAAUAAUAAUAAUGAUAGUGGUGUUAGUGAAGGUGGCAAUUUAAAAUUUUUAAAUUUCAAAAAUUCAAUAGAUUCAAUUAUUGGUGCAUGUUUUAAUUGGGUAUCUCAACAUCAGAAUGAUAAAGGUGAUACUCUAAAUAUUCAAAAUCAAAUAGGUGAAAUAUUUAAUCAAUUUUUACAAUUGUUUGUUAAAUUUAAUUUAAAUAAUUUAGAUAGUAGUUAUUUAAUAGUUUUUCCAUGGCAUUUAAUUUUUGAAAUAAUAUUUUCAUAUCAGAUUGGUAAACUUCCAUUUAUAUCAAGUUUUUAUAGUGAUCAAUUAGUAAAAGAUUUAUUAGAUUUUAAUAAUUUGGAUAAGCAAUCAAAAGAUAUCAUUUCAAUAGUAAUUGAAAAUAAUCACCAACCAAAAUCUAAAUUAAAUAAUAUUAAUAAAUCACCAUUAAAAAGACAAUCACAAUUUUUAAAUUCAACUCCAACAAAACAUCAAAGAGUAUCAUUUAGUGAUGAAAUGAAAUUAGAAGAUCUUAAUACAAAUAAUCAAUUUUCAAAACCAAACAAAUAUAUUAAUAAUAUUAAUAAUAAUAACAAUAAUAAUUCAUUUAAUAGUUUUGGUAAUAAUUCUUUUAUUUCAGAAAGUCAAAUCCAAUCAAGUAAAAGUUUAAAUUUAAAGAAUCAAACAACGAGUAAAGCUAUAGAUCAACUAUUUUUAGAUUUACAAAAUGAAAAAAAGAAAAAUAAAGAAAUUAAUAGGUCUUUAUCAAUUAUUCCUCAACAACCCAAUCAGUUUCAAGCUUCAACAUUUUUACAACAAACAAACAAUUCUUCAAUUACGUUUAAAAAUCAAAAAUUAACAGGAAAUAUAAUUGAUAUAUCUGAAAAGCUUUUAUCUUUAAUAGAAACAAACAAAUAA